UUAAGUUUAUGUGGCAAGUUUGCUAUUUUAUAAUUUAGAAACUAAAGCUUAAUAAGUAUAUGGGUUCAAAUAUAAGUACAUUGUUAAAAAAUCCAGUAGUAGAUAUGACUUCUCCAAAAGCGGAUUUAGUGCAGCAUGCAAUUAAAAGCAAUAAAGUAGUAAUAUUUUCAAAAACCUACUGUCCUUAUUGUACGAUGGCUAAAGAGCAAUUCGAAAAGCUCUCUGUAAGCCCUACCGUAAUUGAACUAGAUGAGCGUAACGAUGCUGAUGAAAUUCAAAACAUACUUGGGGAAAUCACUGGAAGUCGAACAGUUCCCCGUUGUUUCAUUGACGGCAAAUUUAUUGGUGGUGGAACGGACGUUAAGAAAAUGUAUGAAAAAGGAUCACUACAAAAAUAUUUUUCUUAAAACGAUAAAAAUAUUUACAAUGUUAUAGUUAUUUGUCUUUCCAUAUAUAUUUUUUAUUAAAUUGUUUAAAUAAAUUAAAUAUCGUUUCAAUUUUUGUUCUACGCCUCACUUGAUUUUUGGAUAUUUUUUAAUCAUCACAAUUCAGAAUGUUUAAUGGAACCUGAUUCACUACCAUCACCUGAAGUUGAAAU